AUUGCAAUCGCAAUCCCCUUUCAAUGAGUUUACGUGCUCCCUGUUCAAAGAGGUACCAAAUUGUACCAAAUGUAUAAUAAUCGUUAGGUUAAAGUGACAGACGAAUAAGACAAUUGGAAACAGUAGCUUAUUCAAUUGCAAUUUGAGAAGAUUUUAGCGAUAAGCGAAAUCAGAAUUAACGUUCGGUUAAGCUCCUGUGAAGUUUGGAAUAAGUUGAAUUAUUGCAAAAUAUCAGAGUUAAAUGGUAAAGAUGACACCUAUAGAUGAAGGGAAAUUAAGACAAAGUUUGUCAAAGUAUCAAAAUCCUGAUACCACCAAAAAGCAUGUUAUGAACGUUCUCAAUCUUUACAAAGGUUUACUAUACAAAGUAGAACCAUUUGUAUUUAAUGAUGGAUCACGCAAAGAGUUGUUCAACUUGCAAGGAACAAUUCCUGUUUCAUAUAAAGGUACUUAUUACAAUAUUCCUAUAUGCAUAUGGUUGAUGGACACACAUCCGAAUAAUGCACCAAUGUGUUACGUCAAGCCUACUUCGGAAAUGAAUAUUAAAGUCAGUAUGUUCGUCGAUCAUAAUGGGAAGAUUUACUUGCCAUAUCUUCAUGAUUGGUUACCUCAUUCAUCGGAUUUACUUAGCCUGAUUCAAAUAAUGAUUGUGACGUUUGGAGAUCAACCACCUGUUUAUGCUAAGCCACGUCACUAUGAAAAUACUCAAACAAGCUCUACUCCUUAUCCUGUACAACCUUUUAUGCCUGUACCUGGGAGUGGAACUCACAUGUCGGGUUCCAAUUUUCCACCAUACCCAACGAACUCACAAUAUACAAGUGGAAGCAAUGUAUAUCCACCAUACAUGUCUACAACAUCUUCUGGAUUCCCAUAUCCAGGCUCAUAUGGUUCUUACGGAGGAGGUGCUUCAAGUUAUCCACCACAAAGUUGUUCUGGUUCGUUUCCAUACCCUCCGUCAACUCAAUCGUCUCCAACGGUGCCAGCUACCGCAGGUGCAUCGGGUACGAUCACAGAGGAGCAUAUCAGAGCAUCAUUGUUGUCAGCGGUGGAGGAUAAAUUAAGAAGGAGACUGAAGGAACAAUUCUCACAGUUGCUAGCCGAAUUAGAGACAUUGCGUCGAACGCAACAGGAACUCACAACCGGAUCCACUCAUCUUAACGAUCUAUUCGAUAGAUUAAAGAGAGAGAAAGCUGAACUCGAAAAAAAUAUAACGAUACUUCAAGAUAAGGAAGCCGAAUUGGAAAAAGAAAUUGCAAAACUCUCUGAUAAUCAGUCGAUAGAUGUCGACGAAGCUGUUACUACUAUUGCACCGCUUUACAAACAGAUGCUGAACGCGUUCGCGGAAGAGGCAGCUACGGAGGAUGCGAUAUAUUAUCUGGGCGAAGCGUUGCGUUGCAGUAUCAUAGAUUUAGACACGUUUUUGAAACAAGUGCGGCAACUUUCACGCAGACAAUUCAUGCUCAGAGCUCUCAUGCAACGUUGUCGCCAGAAAGCGGGAUUGGCCGGUUAAAUAUUGUAUUGGAUCCUUACAAAGUUGCGCCAUUUAAUAUUUUAUUUUAUUACAAAUACUUUACGCGAAACAAACUAUAUAAAUCCCGCGAUGAUCGAGGGGUAAGAAUAUAUUAUAGACAAGAGGUAUCUUCUUCGUGAAAGCGAUUUUCUUGUGAAUUGAAUAUUGUAUAUUAUACAGUGAUGUAUUUUUGUUUCAUGUUACACAGAUUUUGUUCAAAACGCUGGUCUUGAACGUGAAGCUUUUAUACAUAAAACGAAACAAGAAUGGAAAAAUAAAUAAAAUAUAUAUGUAUACAUAAACAAACCAAUGGAGAUUUAAGGAAUAAUAUUAAGAAUAAAUAUCUUUGUUUUAUGCAA